AUGCAAAACAACUCCCCACCGCAGCUACUGAUGCUGCAACAGCAGCACCAACAGCAACACCAACACGAAGAACAGGAGCGGGGGCAGCCGCUAGCUGCUGCUUUUGCCGCAGCUGUAGAGGAGGCUCUGAUACAAGAAUCUCCUCAAGCAGCAAAGUGGCUGAGGGAGCCACUUGGGCUCAACGAUGAGGGAUGCCUGGGAGUGCUACAGCUGGAGGACGGUCGACAAUUUGGCGGGAUUUCCUUUGGAUUUAAAACAUCUGUUGCGGGGGAGGUUGUAUUCAACACUGGGAUGGUUGCAUACCCCGAAUCCCUGACAGACCCUUCUUAUUCUGGGCAGAUUCUCACGCUGACUUAUCCUCUUGUCGGCAACUAUGGAGUGCCGUCUGGGCGCCGUAUACAUGUCAUGGCGCUGUUGGCAGCCGAUUACGUUCCGGCUGCUCUCUCUCACUGGAAGGCGGAGAAAAGGCUGGGCGAGUGGCUGGAGAGUGAACGAGUACCAGCGCUGUGGGGUGUGGACACCAGAGCGCUUACAAUUCACUUAAGAGAAUCCGGUUCGAUGCUAGGCAAGGUCGUAGUGUUGACGGAAUCAGAGGAGCGGACGGUGAAGGAAUAUCUGAGGUCUGACACUGCGAAGCAGUCAGCGGCAGAUCUGUUGGCACGAGUAACUGCGCAUCAGGCGGUACAGGCUGUACUGUCGCGUGCCAGCUCACCGGAUGCCCUAAUGGCACUGCUGCAGCAGCGCGUGGAAAGAGCAGCAAGACUGGAGGCAUGGGUCACUGCCCUUGAGGCAGCAAGGGAUCGUCUGGAAUUCGACGAUCCCAACUGCAGAAACCUGGUGGCCGAGGUCUCCUGCAGGCAGCCUCGCGUCUAUGUCUCUCCGAUGAACCCCUUCUGCCACCAGGUGAAAGUUCUGGCUGUAGAUUGCGGUAUGAAGACGAACAUCUACAGGCAAUUCCUGUACACGGACUUCAAAGGAUGCAACGUUGUCCUUAAGGUUGUCCCAUGGGACUAUGACUUCACCUCGGAUGACUACGACGGCCUUUUUAUUAGCAACGGCCCGGGAGAUCCCUCCCUAUGUCGACCGACCAUUUAUAACAUCGCGAAGGCUUUGCUCCAGGAGAAGCCUGUGUUCGGCAUUUGUCUUGGGAAUCAGCUACUGGCCCUGGCUGCAGGGGCGAAGACUUACAAAAUGAAGUUUGGGAACAGGGGCAUGAACCAGCCCGUAGUCGACUUGCGCACGACGCGUUGCUACAUGACAGCACAGAAUCAUGGCUACGCUGUUGAUACAGCGACUCUCCCCGAAGAUUUCACACCACUAUUUGUAAACGCGAACGACAGAAGCAACGAAGGAAUUUCUCAUCGCUUUAUGCCUUACUUCUCUGUUCAGUUUCACCCGGAGGCGUCCGGGGGUCCAACGGACACGUUUUUUCUUUUUGAAGAGUUCAUCGACUCCUUGCGGAGACAGCAGCAGCGCAUCGUUGCAAGGUCGCUGUACACUAUACCAUACCAGUUCCCCGGUGGCUUUAGGAAGGUCUUGCUGCUUGGCAGCGGGGGCCUAAGCAUAGGGCAGGCGGGGGAGUUCGACUACUCGGGAUCACAGGCUAUAAAAGCCCUCAAGGAGCACAACGUGUUCGUCGUGCUAGUCAACCCAAAUAUCGCCACAGUCCAGACCUCCAGGCAAAUGGCUCACAGGGUGUAUUUUGUCCCGGUGACGCCACAGUUCGUAACGGAAGUGAUUGACCGGGAACGACCGCAAGGAGUCCUAUGCUCUUUCGGAGGACAGACUGCCUUGAACUGUGUCGUCGAUUUGUACCGCUCCGGGAUUUUGGCGAAGUACGACUGCCAAGUUCUCGGAACUCCAAUAGAGACCAUUAUUGCUACCGAAGACCGGGAGCUAUUUGCGCGAAAACUCCAAGAGAUAGGGGUGGAGGUGGCGCCAUCAGCAGCAGCUAGGGAUUUGGAGGAGGCAGUUGCAGCAGCAAAACAGCUUGGAUACCCAGUUCUAAUACGCGCGGCAUUCGCACUUGGUGGCCUCGGGUCAGGCUUUGCUGAGGACGAGACUUCUCUGCGCCGCUUGUGCACGGAUGCUUUUGCACACUCGAGCCAAGUAUUCAUAGACAGGAGCCUGAAGGGCUGGAAGGAAAUCGAGUAUGAAGUUGUUAGGGAUGCGAAGGACAACUGCGUGACCAUCUGCAACAUGGAAAAUUUAGACCCCCUAGGAAUCCAUACAGGCGAUUCCAUUGUUGUUGCUCCUUCCCAGACAUUGAGCAACGACGACUUCUUUCGCCUGAGGGAGUGCGCCCUAAAGGUUAUUCGGCAUCUUGGCAUUGUUGGCGAGUGCAACAUCCAGUACGCUGUGGACCCGAAGUCUGACAAAUUCUACAUAGUGGAGGUGAACGCGCGACUGUCUCGCAGCAGCGCGCUAGCCUCCAAGGCUUCCGGGUACCCGCUGGCGUACAUUGCCGCGAAGCUUGCACUAGGACUUGAUUUGCUCCAACUCAAAAAUGAAGUGACGAAGGGGACUACUGCUUGUUUCGAGCCCGCUUUUGACUAUAUCGUAACAAAAGUGCCCAGAUGGGAUAUGAAGAAAUUUGACGACGCAGAUCCCUUCAUGGGCUCAGCAAUGAAGAGCGUCGGCGAAGUGAUGGCGAUUGGACGGACAUUUGAGGAAUCGCUGCAGAAAGCGCUGAGGAUGGUUAGCGGGGACGCUACUGGGUUUGACGAGAAGUUGUGCCCUGAUAUGUCCCGUCGGGAGGGGGCUGAGUUGCUUUCGAGUAGGGGGAGAUUGGAACAAGAGCUGGCACGGCCUUCUGCAAAUCGAAUUUGGGCUUUGGCAGAAGCGCUAGCGCGAGGUUAUAGUGUGGAGCGACUGCAUGAGCUCACUCACAUAGACCCUUGGUUCCUUUCUAAACUGGAGCACAUUCAGCAGUUAAAGGAAAGCCUAUCGAAAGUCUCUCUAGCACAGCUGACUAGCGCGGACCUCUUCUAUGUCAAGAAAUACGGGUUUAGCGACCGCCAAAUAGCAUCCUAUGUAGGUGGAGGCCCUGUGGAGGGCCUGCGGGUGACAGAGGAGGAUGUGUGGAGAUACAGGAAGGCGCUGGUGGUGGAGCCAUAUAUAAAGCAGAUCGACACGUUGGCUGCAGAGUUCCCAGCGCAGACAAACUACCUUUACUUGACCUACCACGGUGUUGAGGAUGAUGUGGAGCCCCUGAAUACCACCGAUUUGCCGCCAGUCCUUGGUCCUUGGGGUGGAGGCCACCAAGAAAGCGCACAAUUUACGGCGCCUUCAGCACAACGACAGCAGUCACAGCAGCAGUGGCAAUACCAGUGGCGGCAGCAGCAGCAGGUGCUCUGGCAGCAGUGGCAGCAGCAGCAUGGGCAGCAGCAGCUGGAGAGCCAGCAGCAGUUGCUUCAUCCCCAGAGCCAGCAGCAGGAACAGCGGCCUGAUGGCCGGGAGGGGGACGCAGGGCGGCAGGAUGGGCAGAUUGAGGAGAAAAAGGAGGAACAGCCUGUGGAGCAGCUCCGUGAAGCUGAACAGCUUGGUGACCAGCAGCGUGAGGGGCACGACCUAGAUCAACAGUUGCACCAAGGUAUCCAGCAGCAACUUCAGCAGCAAGUCCGGGAGCAGCUGCAGGAGCUGCGCGAGUUGAGGGGGCACCUGCCCCGAGCUCUUGGGCAGCAAACGCAGCAGCCACUGCAAUCUCCGCCUCCUGAGCCUUCUAGGGAUACACUGAGGUUAAUGCCCGGAGCAGAGCGCGGGCAGGGUUCAGUGCUGGGCAGCCUGUGCAGCUCAAGACAGACGGUGACAACGAAGCAAGUAGAAGGACCUGUCAUAUGCUGUUACGUCGUGCUAGGUUGCGGUUGCUACUGCAUCGGCAGCAGCGUGGAGUUUGACUGGUCUGCAGUGUCUUGCAUCUCAACGCUUCGUUCGUUGGGUCAUAAGGCCAUCGUGGUUAACUGUAACCCAGAGACAGUGUCCACAGACUACGACGUCAGCGACCGCCUGUAUUUCGAGGAUUUGACGCUUGAGACCGUCUCCACCAUUUGGGAUCUGGAGCAGCCGCGGGGGAUGAUCAUUUCUGUUGGAGGUCAAACGGCCAACAACUUGUGCAGCGCACUUCAAAGGAGGGGCGUUGGAACGAAUGUCAGCUCCAUCGAUUGCUGUGAAGACCGACACAAGUUUAGCAGGCUAUGUGACGAGUUACGGCUAGAUCAGCCGGGCUGGAGCGAGUUUUCGUCGCUUGAAGCGGCGAGGGAAUUCAGCAACAAGGUGGGCUUCCCUGUUCUUGUGAGGCCUUCCUAUGUCUUGAGUGGUGCGGCGAUGCGAGUGGUUACGAACGAUCAGCAGUUAAGGGAAUUCUUGCAGGUCGCAGCUGUUGUUUCUGGCGACAAUCCGGUCGUAAUAUCCAAAUUUGUCAGCAACGCAAAAGAGGUAGAAUUCGAUAGCGUUGCUAACAACGGCGAGAUCCUCAAUUACGCUAUUAGCGAGCACGUCGAAAAUGCGGGCACACAUUCGGGAGAUGCCACUUUGAUCCUACCGGCGCAAACACUCUAUGUGGAGACAAUUCGGCGAGUGAAGAAGAUAGCCCAGAAACUUGCGAGGGCCUUGCGUGUGUCAGGUCCAUUUAACAUCCAGUUCAUCUGCAAGAACAACGAAGUGAAAAUCAUUGAGUGCAACUUGAGGGCGUCUCGCACUUUCCCAUUCAUCAGCAAGUGCUUUGGCGUGGACUUCAUUGAACAAGCCACAAAGGUGAUGGUGGGAGCGCCGGUGACAGCAGAAUCGAUUCAUCUGACGGAUUUGGAGUUUGUCUGUGUGAAGGUCCCGGUAUUCUCCUUCAGCAGACUUAGAGGCUGUGAUCCUCUCCUCGGUGUAGAAAUGCGCAGCACAGGCGAGGUAGCUUGUUUCGGGGCAGACAAGCACGAGGCCUUUCUGAAAGCAAUGGUUUCUGCAGGCCUGCGGCUACCUCUAAUGAGGCGUUCUUUAAUGCUCGUAACAGGUCCUCGUUGGUCCAAGGUAGACUUCUUCCCUUUCGCCCUUAAGCUUGUCAAGCUUGGGUUCACAAUCUACGCAACGGAAGGAACGUACAACUUUUUGCGAAAGAGCUUAAGAGGAUGCUUGGAAGCGGUUUCUGAAGAGACUGGGAGUGCGCAGAGGAAUACGGAGCCAUGGAGCAGUUUGGCAGCUCCGGUAGAGAGUGGCGAGGAAUUGGAGACACCGCCUGGAGAGAUGGUCCUCAGUGAGAUAGAAAAACAGAUUAUUUCAGUCUCCAAAGACGGGAACAGUGCCGAGGCAGGAGGCCAAGAUCUGCUCACUGCGACUGAUGUCAUCAAGAGGGGUCUUGUAGAGUUAGUUAUCAACGUUCCAGGCCGCGCGCACCACCGAUCCGUGUCUGCGGGUUAUAUUAUUAGAAGAACGGCCGUCGAUGCUGGUGUGCCUCUGCUAACGGACUUGAAGUUGGCUUCCUUUUUUGUGGAGAGCCUGUCCAAGAAGAUCUCGCGGGAAAGGGGAAGGAAGCGCUUUUGGGAGGUCCGCUCUUGGGACGAGUAUCAGCCGUGA